UGAUAGUCGCACGCUAGCCAGCACUAAAAAGCUUGUCCAGGCGAAAACAGCGUUGCGUGAUUUUUCCGUAAUAUUUCGUCAAAUUUUCCGGCUGCAAAUGCAUUUACAGACGUAAGGCUGCGAACGGACUUGCAGAGAGUUGCAACCGAGUGCCUAGUGGGAAAUUGGUUGAGAAGCGGGUGGAAUUUAAUUCGCAAUUCGGACAUCAACAGGUGCGGUCAGUAACCAUGGCCGAGGUUAAGGACUGGCGGCCGUUUGUUUACGGCGGAGUGGCAUCAAUCACGGCUGAAUUCGGCACUUUUCCCAUCGACACAACGAAGACGCGCCUCCAAAUUCAAGGUCAGAAAAUUGAUCAAACAUUCUCGCAACUGAGGUAUCGCGGAAUGACGGACGCCUUUGUCAAAAUAUCUCGCGAAGAGGGAUUACGGGCCCUGUAUUCCGGCAUUUGGCCAGCCGUUCUACGCCAGGCCACCUACGGAACGAUCAAGUUUGGAACCUACUACACUCUCAAGAAGCUGGCCAACGAGCGGGGUCUGCUAAUCAACGAGGAUGGCAGCGAGCGCGUAUGGAGCAAUAUAAUGUGCGCUGCUGCUGCCGGUGCCAUCUCCUCGGCGAUUGCCAAUCCCACGGACGUACUGAAAGUGCGGAUGCAAGUGCACGGGAAAGGCCAGCAUAAGAGUCUAUUGGGCUGCUUUGGCGAGAUUUACAGGUACGAGGGUGUGAGAGGGCUGUGGCGGGGCGUCGGGCCCACCGCCCAGCGAGCAGUGGUCAUUGCCUCCGUGGAGCUUCCCGUCUACGAUUUUUGCAAACUGCAGCUGAUGAACGCGUUCGGCGAUCACGUGGCGAAUCAUUUCAUCUCAAGUUUUAUUGCCAGCCUGGGUAGCGCAAUUGCCUCGACCCCCAUCGACGUUAUACGGACCCGCCUAAUGAACCAACGACACGUGAGCAUGGCCAUUAAUGGAGUGGCCACGGCGGCAGCUACUCCAAAGCUGUAUAACGGCAGCCUCGACUGCGCCAUACAGACUAUUAGGAACGAGGGACUAUUCGCUCUUUACAAAGGCUUCAUACCCACGUGGGUGAGGAUGGGACCCUGGAAUAUAAUAUUCUUCAUUACGUACGAACAACUCAAGAAGUACUAGCAGCGGCGAAUGGAACGCCGAGGGAAUCCAAGUACAAGAUGUAUUUUAGCAUUCAAACCAAAAAGAUCUGCGCUACGGCCACAUCUGGCGUAACCAUUGGAUCCUAUAUGACGCAGGGGCCUCACUGCAGUCUGCCUCAUAAUGCGGCUAUUCAAUAGCCGGAAACCUGGUCCAGUGCCAUUUUGCCCUAGGCUUCAGGGACAACCAUUGAUCACACUUCAGAUGUUGAAGUAUUCAAGUAUUUGCUUUUUCGGCGAAUUUUCAUCCCUUAGUAUACUAUUUUUCUUGCGAAUCCUUUUCGCCCCAUUGGGCCACCAUUUAAUUAUAUUGCAUUUUUCCUAAGCUUUUAAUUUAAUUACUUAAUGAAUUAGUUCACGAUAAAAUAUUUAUGUGAGUUUGUUUCAUACGUUGAUUUGGUUAGUUCCAAGCGAAUCUUUUUUUUUCAAAAGAUUCGUGUAGCAUGUGCAACAUUGCUGUAAAUAUAUGCAUUUAGAAAUGUGUGCACUGAUUUUACCAAAUACGGAAUGUACAAAUAUGAAAAUUUAUUAAUAAACUGUUUGUUGGAAAUCUCAAAAA